GUAAAUUCUCAGAGGAGGUGGUGAAGAAUGGCGACAAAGUGCGGUUGUUCCAUGUGCCCACGGGCAAGUCUAUGUACAUGCAUGGUUUCCCAGCACCAGUGACGAAGGAGCUCGCUGAAGUCAGCAUGGACGCAGGUGCGGGUGACGAGUUCGAAGUGAAGAUCGAUAGACUAAAAAUAGAACAGACCAAAAAUCCGCUGAUGAAGAGGUUCAAGUCGGAGGUCAGAGAGGGAAAAGCUCUUGAACUCCACAACGUCGUACGGUUUAUUCACGCCAAAACAAGGUGCGCUGUAAUGAUGAGCCCUAAACUACUACCCGCCUGGGGCUAUUCACAGUUUGAAGUGGGUUGUAUCAAACCCACCAACACCAACGGCACAGAGACUUAUCCAACAGGAACCGAGUUCACGAUUGCG